AUGAAACUAGCUGCACUUUGUAGAUCUAUAAGUUCCCAUCUUAAUGUUAGCGGAAUAACACGGCCUUUGCAAUAUCGUUCAUUUCAACCUGAUUUUGUUCCAAGGGAUCCCAAUGCCAAGCCCAAGAAAUACAAGUACCCUGCUGUAUAUGAUCCAUAUGGGCCAAGACCUCCACCAUCUGACAAGAUCAUUCAGCUUGCAGAACAAAUCGCAUCCCUUACACCUGAAGAGCGUAGUCAAAUUGGUCCAGCCCUUAGAGACAAAGUAAUGCUUCCCAAGCUGCAGCCCAUUUCAGUAGAAGGCAUGGACUUAGGCAGCCAAGCUGGGGCAGGUGCUGGAUCUUCAAAGGCCGAGGAGAAAAAGGCAGAGAAAACCACGUUCGAUGUCAAGUUGGAGAAAUUUGAAGCGGCUGCAAAAAUCAAGGUGAUCAAAGAGGUUCGUUCAUUUACAGAUCUGGGACUGAAGGAGGCUAAAGAGUUGGUCGAGAAAGUGCCAGUGAUACUUAAGCAACAGAUCACAAAAGAGGAGGCAAAUAGUAUCAUCGAAAAAAUCAAAGCUGCUGGAGGAGUGGCUGUGAUGGAAUAG